GGCUUUCUAGAACAUAAAUUGAUUUGCUUUUUUAUUUUUAGUGUAAAAAACAGAAUUAAUUUGUUUUUACAAAUAAUAAUAUUAAAUUAUUACAAUAUUAAAACUAAACAAAGUUAACUAAGAAAACAAAACAUUGUGCGAACAAUGUCGGUUAGCAAGCUGUGUCGAAUUUGUUUACAAGAAGAUAAAGGACGUUCGGGAAUGCAACCAUUGUUUGAUGAGAAAAAUGCACGCUGUGCUGAAAUAGUACAGCGCAUUGAGGAAUGUGGAGGCAUAGUGCUCAAACAUCAUGAAGAAUUUCCCAAAAUGAUUUGUUUACAAUGUUUAGCCUCUUUGAAUACUUCCUACAAGUUUCGUGCUCUAUGCCAGGCCAGUGAACAUGCUCUUUUGGAUGCUAUUGUUAAGUCUGAAAUGAAAACAGAACCUUUGGAGAAUGCAGCCUCCUCAAGUCAAGCUAAACAAAAGCAUAGCCAGGAAGAUGAGGACGAGGCAGAAGAUGAAAUGUUUUUCGAUUUACGACCUGAUUAUAUAGAGGGUCAAGAGGUCGAUUUCGAUGAUAUAAAUGAUACAAAAACUGAAUUUAUAAACGAUAUGCCUGGUGGUGGUGGUGGCGAUGAUGAUGAUGAUGAAUUCUUUGGCAUUGAAGAAAUCGAUUUGGAUGAAAUUGAUGGUGAAGAACAUUUAGAUGAUAGUGACUCGGAUGAUGAUGAAAAAAUAUUUGAUGGUGAAUUUGUCUCAAUACCCAAAAAAGUCAAACCACAACCAAAAGUUAAAAAGGAAAAGCAAGAAUCUUCAAAAAAAGAAGAUGCCAAUAAAGAAAAGGUUAAACGUGGUAGGGGACGCAAGAAAAAUGAAACAGAAUCUGAAACAAAUAUAUGUGAAAUUUGUGGCAAUAUCUAUUCAAAACGUAGUCUAUUAAAUAUGCACAUGAGACGUCAUAGAGCAGAGAAACCAUUUGAAUGCGAAAUUUGUGGCAAACACUUUACCUGUCCCUCAGAAAUAGGCCGUCAUAUACGCAUACAUACGGGUGAAAAACCUUAUGUUUGUCGUUUUUGUGGUCGUACAUUUGCUGAUCGUAGUACAAAUAUUAAACAUGAAAGAAUACACACAAAUGAAAGACCUUUUGUUUGUCAAACCUGCGGUAAAUCCUUUACUUAUUCUAAUGUCUUAAAGAAUCAUAUGUUAACACAUACAGGAGAAAAACCAUUUCCUUGCAUUCCUUGUAAUAAAACUUUUUCACGUAAACAUCAAUUAGAUCAGCAUUUGAGUACGAUAACGCAUCAGCAAACUGUUAAAAAUUUACUACCCCAACAAACUGUUGUCUCCGAUGAUUCCGUACAUGAGUUUACCGUACAAAUAACUAGUGAUAAUCAUCCUCAUAUUAUACGUCAACAACAUUGAUAAAGCAAAAAAUUUUUUAAUUUUCGUUUUUUGUUUCCUUUUUUUUGUUUGUAUUGUAUAUAAUCAGUUAUUAUAUACUUCACAUAAUUGAUUUCAAUCUUUAUAUACAAAAAUUUUGUAAUUUAAAUUGUUUACAAUGAUUUUCAUGCUUUUCGUUUUUUUAGAAUUAUGAAUCCUUUUUAUAGCAAUACAAAAUACAAGUAAUAUAAUGUAAAAA